AGUUAUCGACUCGUUAAAAACACGUUAAAAACCUGUCAAAAACUCCAACGUCAAAAACUCGGUAGUUUUUCACGGAGCCCUAGUUCGCGACUUGUAACAAUUGCUGACGUAGCACAACUCACCGACGAGUAUAUACUUAUGGCAAACCGUCUCGCACAAGUGUCCGGUCACCUUAGCAAUGCACAUGGACGAGGGCUUCUCUCUGGAGAGGUAGCUAUCAUCACUGGUAGCGGACAGGGUAUCGGGCGCAGUGCAGCGCUGCUGUUUGCAAAGGAAGGCGCCAAGGUUGUAGUCAGCGAUAUUGACGCCAAGAAGGCUGCGGAUGUUGUGAACGAGAUAAAGGCGGCAGGUGGUGACGCAAUAUACGUUGCAGGAGAUGUUGGAGCAGACGACUUUCCACAGACAAUCGUUGACGCAACUGUAAAGCAGUAUGGCAAGAUUAAUCACAUCGUGAACAACGCUGGUUUCACACACGACAAGAUGAUUCACACCAUGCCAGACGAGACAUACGAUGUUAUCAUGAAAAUCCACGUCCGCGCACCCUUCCGCCUUAUUCGUGCUGCUGCACCUUAUUUCCGAGUCAAGAGCACUUCGCCUGAAAACCGUUCUAUCAUCAAUGUUUCUUCGACGUCUGGUCUGCAUGGAAAUGUUGGCCAAGCAAAUUACGCUGCUGCAAAAUCUGCGGUUGUAGGUCUCACCAAGACUAUCGCAAAGGAGUGGGGACCAUUUGGUGUUCGUGCGAAUACCAUUGCAUAUGGCCUCGUGCACACUCGGUUGACCGCAGCAAAAGAGGACGGCGCAACCAUUGAGAUUGACGGUCAGAAGGUUGCACUGGGCAUUCCCGGAGCAAGGCAGCGCGCUAUUGCUCAGAACGCUAGUGCUUACGUGGAUAUUCCUCUGCAGAGAGGUGCCACUGCGGACGAGGCGGCCGCAGGCAUGCUUUUCCUUGCUUCACCGCUUGCGUCGUACGUGUCUGGCCAUACGCUGGAGGUGACAGGCGGGCGAGGAAUCUAAUGUCGCAUUCUAUUUCAUAGCAACCGUAUGCUGUGCAGUUGUAUUAUUUUGCGACGUUUCUUCAUUGCUAGUAGCACUCCAUUGAAACUUCAGACAAUUCACAAACGGAACGAUCAUCCACUAAACGUAUCGUUCUCGUUUCUUGUACUGAUGAGCACAUCGAGGGAAGUGACAGGUCCAUUGGCAAUCUCACCUGGUAGAGCCAAGUACUCUAGAAAUUGAAAGUCAAGGUCGGGUGGCACAUAUGUUCCAUUUCAGAAGUGUCGCACAACUAUUUUCUUCGCAGAUCAGACUAUGUGCC